UUUCCUCGUCCAUCGUCUUCGGAUCCCAUUCCGAUCGACGUUCCCCUCUGCUCUCUCUCUCUCUCUCUCUCACUACUCUCCGCCAGCCAUGCCACCGCUUCGUCAUCCUCCACCGCCGUUGCUGCCGUAGUCCACCGCUUCCACAUCUGCCUACGUACGUACAUCUACAUGUCUCAUCCCCCUAACCACGAGUUUCAGGAAUGGUGGAACAAGCAACGCGCCGCCACGGACGAUGUGUCCGACGACCGGUCCGCCUCCAAGGAUACACGGUUGGAGAAUAUUGCCACCCUCCACAACCCGCCCUCGCCCCCCGCCGCCGCCGAGAAAGGCGGACGAUCGCGCAGCGCGCGACAGCUCUCGUGGAUUUACAUCCACAAGCUGCAAACCGUCGCCAACUACGUUGCUGUCCUCACAAACGGCUUCGCCUCCACUAUCCGCACCGCCAAUCGCCGCCUCGCUGCCGCGCCGGGGCGGCCGCGACCGGAAUCGAGGUUUUAUAAGAUUAUUAAAUUGUUCCUGGCGCUGAGCGUGUUCCUUCUCUCGCUGGAGCUCGUCGCCUAUUUUAGGGGAUUUCAUUUCACUCCGCCGACUCUGGAAGUGGGAGUCGAGGAUUCAGUGGAGUACAUCUACGCCAAGUGGUUGGAAAUUAGGGCAAACUAUUUGGCCCCGCUGUUGCAGAGGUUCGCGAAUCUGUGCGUCGUGCUCUUCUUAGUACAGUCUCUGGAUCGAUUUAUUUUGGUUCUCGGUUGCUUCUACAUUAAGCUCAGGGGAUUAAAACCUAGCGCGGAGAUUGAUUACGAGCAGGAUGUGGAGAACGGUUUGAACGCCCGCGACUAUCCGAUGGUGCUGAUUCAGAUCCCAAUGUGCAAUGAGAGGGAGGUGUACCAGCUAUCGAUUGGCGCGGUGUGCGCUCAGGACUGGCCAAGGGAUAGAGUGCUGGUGCAGAUACUGGAUGACUCCGACAUUGCGGAUGUUCAGUCGCUCAUCAGGGUGGAGGUCCACAAGUGGCAGCAGAGAGGGGUGAACAUCGUGUACAGGCACCGCCUUGUCCGCACAGGCUACAAGGCCGGGAACCUCAAUGCUGCCAUGAGAUGCGACUACGUCAAGGAUUAUGAGUUUGUGGCCAUCUUCGACGCCGACUUCCAGCCCGCACCGGACUUCUUGAAGAGCACCAUCCCGUACUUCAAGGGGAAAGACGACGUGGCACUGGUGCAAGCCAGGUGGGAGUUUGUGAACAAAGAAGAGAACUUGCUGACCCGGCUGCAGUACAUAAACCUGGCCUUCCACUUCGAGGUGGAGCAGCAAGUCAACGGGUGGUUCAUCAACUUCUUCGGCUUCAACGGCACCGCGGGCGUCUGGAGGAUCAAAGCCCUGGAGGACUGCGGGGGCUGGCUCGACAGGACCACCGUGGAGGACAUGGACGUGGCUGUCCGCGCUCACAUGUGCGGCUGGAAGUUCAUUUACCUCAACCACGUCAAGUGCAUAUGCGAACUCCCGGAGUCGUAUGAAGCCUACAAGAAGCAGCAGCACCGGUGGCACUCGGGGCCGAUGCAGCUGUUCCGGCUGUGCUUCCGCGACAUACUGCUGCACUCCAAGAUGGGGGUGAUGCAGAAGGCGAACCUGGUAUUCCUCUUCUUCCUCCUCCGGAAGAUGGUGCUCCCGUUCUACUCGUUCACGCUCUUCUGCAUCGUGCUCCCGCUGACCAUGUUCAUGCCCGAGGCCCAGCUGCCCCAGUGGGUGGUCUGCUACGUGCCGGGCCUCAUCUCCAUCCUCAACAUCCUCCCCCUCCCGUCCCCGGCCGAGUCUUUCCCCUUCCUCGUCCCCUACCUGCUGUUCGAGAACACCAUGUCCGUCACCAAGUUCAACGCCAUGCUCUCCGGCCUCCUCCACUUCCGGAGCGCCUACGAGUGGGUCGUCACCAAGAAGUCAGGGAGCCGGUCCUCCUCCGAGGCAGACUUGGUUGCACUUGCACUUGUGGGUGGUGCUGGUGCUGGUGCUGCUGAAUAUGAUAUUGAUGAUGGUGAUGAUUAUGAUGAUGAUGAUGAUGAUGAUGGAGGCAGCCAGUCCUCCGCCGUUCCUCCUCAUCCUCCUCCUCCUCAUAAGUCGACGUCGGAAUCGUCCCUGGCUGAUCUCAACAAGCUGGAGGAGCUGAGGAAGAAGAAGAACAGGAUGAUGAUGAUUGCGAAGAAGAAGGAGGGGGAGAAGAGGAGGAGGAAGGCGAAUCGGGUAUACAGGAAGGAGCUGGCGAUCUCCAUCAUCCUGCUGACGGCGUCGGUGAGGAGCCUGCUGUCGGCGCAGGGCAUCCACUUCUACUUCCUCCUGUUCCAAGGGAUCACGUUCCUCGUGGUCGGUCUGGACUUGGUCGGCGAACAGGUCACCACCUAGCUAGUCGGUCGGUCAUACCACCACCGCCGCCGCCGCCACCACCAAACAUAGAGGAGGAGGAGGAGACAUCACAGCAGCAGCUAUCUGCAUCUACAGACACUGUCUCCAUACAGGGGGGAGUGGGAUGCUCUUAUUAGUUUACUUUAAUGUUUGUUCGCGAGGCUGGCUGGCUUGGGGCGAUUAUAUAUAACUUAACAGUUACGGUUAAUGCCCACUACUUUCUUGUGAUUGGAUUGGGUGGUUAGUAAGUGGGUGAGUGAAGCAGCAGCCAGCCAUCAAGCAGCAUAGCAUGGGGAGGGGACAGGGACAGGUUGUAAAAAAGCAGCUAAUCCGGCCACCCUCCUCUGCCUGCGUGUGCAGCUAAACACCAAUGUGUUCUAUUUUUUGUGCGUGUCCGGCACACACACUAAACGGAGCAGAGUUGAGUGUGUGUAUUAUUGUUACGGGCGUUGAGUCGAGCAUAUGCGUCCCGGUCAAGUUAUGAUGAUGAAUAGAAUAAUAGUAAGCAGCAAUGUUCUGUUGUUACA